AUGGCGCGGGCAGCCCCCGCGCCGCCGAACUGGGGCGCGCGCGCGGCGCUGCGGCAGCGCUACGCGCUCAUCUGGGCGUCGACGUUCGCCGUCGUGCUGUCCUACUUUGGCAGCCUCGUCGUCGUGCGCGCCAUCGACGACGGCGGCGUCGACUGCCGGGACACGUGCCGCGACGCGCCCGACAACGAGACGGGCACGGUGCUGCUCAUCGGCGAUUCGAUCCUCAAGGGCUACUACCCCAUCGUCGAGAGCAUCCUGGACCCCGGCGCGAAAUGCAUGGAGGACGGCACGGUGCGCCGCGGCGUUUUGGCGAAGCUCGUCUACGGCCGCUUCGGCAGCGGCAACGGCUACUGCGGCACGUCCUACGGCGUCAACUUCUGCCUCGACCGCUACCUCGCGACGACGAAGAACAACUUCUCCAACAUCUACUCGCCCGUGUCCUUCGACGAGUACGAGGCGAACAUGGAGGCCAUGUACCGCAAGCUCAGGGGCGCGCUCGCGCCCAACGGCACGAUGAUCUUCGGCACGACGACGCCCGUGCCGCCGUCCUACGACUCGAACAAGCGCGUCAACGCCGACGUCCUCGAGCUCAACGUCCGCGCGCGCGCGCUCUUCGGCCCGGCGGGCAAGUACCCGGACGUGCGGCUCAACGACCUCUACGGCCGCGUCGUCGACGCCUGCAAACGCGACCCGGCGACGGCGUGCUACCCGGAGACGUGCGACUGCCCGCUCAUGCAGAACAACGGCGUCCACUUCUCGCCCGCGGGCCAGCGGCUCAACGCCGUCGACGUCGCCUGGUGGAUCGCGCCCUUCGCGGGCGCGCCCGCGGACGCGGGCGAGCGCGCGCCGGAGAUCGAGAAGCACAACGGCGAGUACCGCCUCGAGCACUGGAAGGUCGCCCUCGUCGCCCAGGCCUUCCUGCUCUCCGCGCUGGGCCUCGUCGCGACCUGCGUCGUCUACGGCCGCGCGCGCGCGCGGCGGCGGGGCGACGCGGCGCCCAUGGUCGCCAUGACGACGCGCCGCGUCCCGGACCCGGAGGACGACGGCCGCGCCCUCGACCGGGCCGGCGACACGGAGAUGCUGUGA